AUGUUUAAUGUUGAGAUAAGGUCGGCUAUUCAUAAUUUGACUCAAGUGUUGGCCACUCAAGUUGCUAGGGAUGCUAGGGUGCAAGUGAACCACAAUACUAGCACUACUGCUUCUAGGAUAAGGGAUUUCACAAGGAUGAAUCCCCCUACUUUCUUUGGCUCCAAGGUGGAAGAAGAUUCACAAGGAUUCAUUGACGAAGUGUUUAAAGUUCUAGAGGCUAUGGGUGUGUCUUCUCAAGAAAUGGUGGAGUUAGCCGCCUAUCAACACAAAGAUGUGGCACAAAAAAAGCUUAAGAAAGUUGGUAGAGAAUUGAAGAGGUCAAGGGCCGAUGAUAGAAAUUCUUCUAAGGUUAGGUUUGAAAUCCAAGAUAAGCCAAAGUUCAAAAAGAGGUUUUCCAACCAAGGUCCUCCUAACACUCCAAGGGUCAACAAAGGUAAAGUGUCUACCCCCAAGCUUCAAGAAACAAAAGGUGGUGGUCCUUAUAUUGAGAAGCCUAUUUGUACAAAGUGUGGCCGAAAACAUGAAGGCACGUGCCUAGUUAGCACGGGUAAUUGCUAUGGUUGUGGUAAGAGCGGCCACAUGAGGAGGGACUGCCCUAUGCUGAAGGCUCAAGGAAGGGAAAAUGCUCAAGCACAAGCAAGUGGCCCAAAUCCCGAUGCUCCUAAGAGGAAUCACUUCUAUGCUCUCCAAUCCCGAGGUGAUCAAGAAAGUUCUCCAGAUGUUGUGACCGUGAAGGAUUUUCUGGAAGUCUUUCCUGAUGACUUACCCGGGAUUCCUCCCGAACGGGAAAUAGAUUUUGGCAUAGAUUUAUUGCCAGAUACACAACCCAUUUCAAUCCCUCCUUACCAGAUGGCCCCAGCGGAGUUGAAGGAAUUAAAAGCUCAACUCAAGGAUUUGUUGGAUAAGGGUUUCAUCCAACCUAGUAUAUCUCCUUGA